AUGAACUUCGGAUACUUGGGUGCAUAUCGGGAAUGUGAUGUCGGGGAAUUCUCCUUGAGCGCCUUUCCUGGUCAAUAUUCAAUAAAAGUGGGAGUGAUCUGUGACACAGAACGCAAGCGACAACGGCUAAUAGGAACUGGUGUUUUAUGGCGCUUAAAAAAACGCAAAAUUCGAUGUAAUCGGCAAACUCCGUGUAGUAACUGUGUGCGAUCCAAGAACAGUGCCUGCAUCUAUGGAAAUGACCUAGCAGAAACCCUACAGCCCAAUCUUGCGCCGGCUGUGAAGUCACAGCAACCAAGCCAUUCGGCGCCUGCUAUAGAAUCCUCAGCUUUUGGCAGUAGUUUGAUGAGCCUAGGUCGGCCAGUAUCGUCAAUCGUGAACAGCUCAACAGCCCCGUCCACUACACCUAGUCGAUUAUCUUAUGCAGUAGAUUACCUGAAGAACAGAGUUAGACAGCUUGAAGAACGUUCAUCCCAGGUAACCGCUAAGGCUGCUGCGUCCCCAGGUUCUACCUCAACGUCAACAUUAAAAAUAGAAACAACAUCGUCAUCCCUGGUAGGAACUUUCUCAGUUCACCAUGAAAGCCGCCCAUCUAAUGAAACACCAGCAAUCAACCGUAGCCUCGUACAUAAAACUCGCCUAUUUAAGCAGAACCAUUGGAGUAAUGGUGCUGUACAGAUCCUUCGCGAGCUUUUCGAGAGCAUCGAGCCACACAUACAUACAGAAUGGAUCCAAGCUCACUUCCAACAUGCAAAGGUGCAAACUCCUACCAAGGGUCAUCAAAUCGCAGUGGACACCUCCUUGGCCCGCACCACCAAAGUGGGGUCUGCCCCAGAAAGAUAUUAUGAGGAGGUAUGGCUAAAUGUCGCACCUCCGGACACAGCGUUCCUGGUCCAACUUAAGCUCGUACUCGCCAUCGGGGCUACCACAUAUGACGAAAAAUUCUCAAUGCGGGCUUCAGCCUUUCGAUGGAUCUGUGAGGUCCAAUCCUGGCUUGCAGAACCGGGGUUUAAAGCAAGACUAAACAAACAGGUUUUGCAGACUAAUAUUCUGCUUCUCAUCGCUCGACAAACGGCAAGCCUUGGUGGCAGUCUGGUCUGGAUUUCGGCAGGAUCUCUCAUUCGGGGCGCAAUGCUUCUUGGAUUGCAUCGGGAUCCCACAUUUCUCCCAGAAAGCACGGUGUUCGCUAUUGAGAUGCGCAGGAUACUGUGGAACACCAUUUUGGAGAUAGCUCUGCAAUCGAGCAUAGACUCUAGGGCGCCUCCUCUCAUUUCACUUGGCAGCUUUGAUGUUGAACCGCCUCGCAACUUGAACGACGAUCAACUGAUGGUUGGAGACCCUCUGCCGGCAUCAGAUGAUACUUUUACCCAAAUCCACGGGGUCCUCCCCUCUCGAUUCCAAGUCCAAGUAGUAGAUUUCAUCAUGCAUCGCAAUUUCUCAGCACUUCAUAUCCCUUUCUUCGUGCCGGCUCUACGCGAGACGACCGAUGCGUUAUCUGCCUCGCUGAAAAUUUGGCACCUGGUGCGGCUUGCUCCUUACGGUGAUGAGGCCUCGCCAACAGUAGAAAACGGUCUAGUGCGACUCGCGAUUAGUGGGUCCCACUUCUUUCGCGGGAGCGCUUUGCUGGCUAGCCUUACGGCAGCAGCCGAGCUCAUGUUCCAGCUGCACGAGGAGACUGGUCUAAGUCCAGCACCAUUAAGGCCCGACCUGCUUGCCAUAGUCAACGAUGCUAUAACUUGGUCCUUCCGGUGUAUUGAGGCUGGGGAGACCAAUAUCAAGGGAUAUCUCUUUACCUGUUUGGUAGCUGAGCGGGUUGACGGGCUCAUGAAAGGAACAGAGAAGGACGAGUUUCCAGAGUCAUUAAUCACGGCAGUUGAAGCUGCUCAGGAAAAGUGCUUGCGGGUCCUGGAGGAAAAGGCGGCCGAGGGUCGGAGAGGCCCAACAGUAGACGUGCCUAACCAAAUGGGGUUGGAUAUACCCGAGGGCACGGAAGACUGGGAUAUUAUAAUGCCAAAUGGACGGUUCAAUUUGGAAGAGCCCAUGAACUGGCUGUUCAAUGAUGAGACAACACAAUGUAUGCCAAUCUACUAAUGAAACUCGAGAGUGCGCAAAGUGUUUUCCGGAGUGGGGGUUAUCUGGAAUUUAGGGCCUUGCUGUUCUA